UGAAACGGUUAUAUUUGUUGAUUUUCGGAGAUUGUUCAACACAGUUGUUUUUCAACCAUGAAGUUUGUGUUCAUGUUAGUAGUGAUACAAAUUGGUAUUUUUGUGUUUUCAGAAACUACCGAAGAACUUAAACCCCUUCACGGGCGUCUAUGGACUAGUUUGAAACGUUCUCCAAGGUCGCAAAAUGCAGGUAUAAAUUACGGCUUUCCUACGUUUCCUGAUUUUGGAAACCAACACAAUUUUCCAACCAUCGGGCAAGGAGGACGCGCCGUAGGAGGCUUAUUUUCACGAAGUGAUUUUUCAGACUUCAUGCCAGAUCCCUCGCAGUUCAAGAACAACCAAGGCUGGACUUCCAAAAGCUGUGUUUACGAUGAGAAAGGCACAGCAAAAUGCGUAGAGCAAAGUGGUGGUGUGAAGCACAGACUUUAAACUUAAGAUUCAACCACGAAGUAAUAUGCGUAAUAAACCCAACUAUAAGGUAAACAAAACAAAUUCACU